GUAGGCAAUAAACAGGGUUGGGAAGGUUACUUUAGAAAUGUAAUAGGUUACAGAAUAUAAAAUAAAAAUAUUUAAUGAAAAAAGUCAAAAGUCUGGCAUGGGCUUAAUUGGUACUGUGACACGAUUUAAGCCCAUGCCAUGAUUUAUUUAAAAAAUAUAUACAAACAUUGAUAUCAAAGACAGCAAUAUAUGUAUUCAGUAAGUAAUAUUCAAAAAUGAGGGGAAAACCCUCCUGAGCAAAAUCUUAAGGUGUGACUUCAGAUGUAACCCCCUUUAUAAUCAUCAUUUAUUUUGUAAUUAAAUGAAUGUAACUAGUUUCUCCCCAACACUGGCAAUAUAAAACAGAAAAGUUUUUAAUUUAGUAAAUAACUAUACAUGUGUAGUUACUAUGUAUUAACUGUUAAUUAACAAAACCAUGUUAAUUAAAAACAUAAAUACAUUUGAUACACACACUUGUCAUUUUAAUUAGUGCUUUCAAUUAACAACAUUUGCCCCAUUUCAGAUGAAAGGCGGAGUAAUUAACGCUUCGAGCAGUAGAAAUGUCCCUCGUCGGACGCCGUCCCCCGUAGUAGACACAUGGCCCCUGGGAUCGUGCUGAAGGUGACAGGUGGGAAAAUGCCGGCAGCUCUGAGUUUGUUAACGGUCACCGUGCUCGCUGACACCGGUGUCGGAGAGAAAGAAGCGUCUGCUCCGUUAAACCGAGACGACCUGUCCCUGUACGCCGCUCCUCCUGCUCUCAAAGUCCGGUACGCGGAGCAUGAAGCCGGUCAGCUGGAGCAAAGUGUCGCCACCAUCCGGAGGGCAACGGAGCCGUACACGACUUGGUGUCAGAGCGCCUAUGCCAAAAUUAAACCCAAAGUUCACGGGGUCGUGCAACUUGGGAAUGACACCUAUGCGUAUUUGAAGGAUCCACCCAAGGACUUCUACCCCCGGGCAGGAGUCAUCGCCUUCACCGGUGUGUUGGGGCUGUUUCUGGCCAGAGGCUCCAGGAUUAAGAAGCUCAUCUACCCUGCGGGGCUGGUGACCGUGAGCACCUCCCUCUACUACCCCGAGCAGGCUGCAGCUAUCGCAAAGUCAACCGGGGACUCCAUCUACGACUCGGCGGUGCGCAGCUUUGCCAGCGUGGAGAAGAUGGUGAAGACCGGGGGCAAAACUGAGACAAAGCCCACCGACUCAGAGAAGAAACCCUAAUGAUGUCUGCACCAGCUCAGCAAUAACAAAUCAGUUUUUUUUUUUUCUUCCGUCCUGAUACUGUAGGUCAGGGGGGUCAAACAUGCGGCCCGCGGGCCACAACAGGCCCGCCGAGGAGUCCAAUCCGGCCCACUUUCCUUUCUGUCUCCUUUUCCUUCCAUCUUCCCCUCUUUCUUCCUUCCUCCCUUCCAUCUGUCCUUUCUUCCUUUCCUUCCCAUUUUGUCUUCCUUCCAUCUUUCCUGUCUUCUCUUCCUUCCCUCCAUCUGUCUUUCAUUCCUUCCUUCCAUCCAUCUUUUAAUGGGUCCACAUAAGAUCAUAUUGGGCCGUAUAUAUGUGGCCCUUGAAUUAUGAGUUUGACCCUCCUGCUGUAGAUUGAUUGACACAUGAAACCUUCACAGCCUGCCUGAUGUGUGUGACUUUCUCAUGCCCACUCUUUGCACUAAAAAAAAAGCUUCUAAUGUAAACUCAGGCCGGGCAUGGCCUGUCACAAAAAGAGCUGCAACUUGAAUUAUUUAAUUUACCUCUGCUUCUGAUUUGAAUGUAUAUUUAUGUAGAGAAUUAAUAAAAAAUUAUAACAUUGUCUUACA